AUGGCCGACCUCGCCGCCCGCCUCACCAAGCGACUCUGCGACGCCAACAGCGGUAAGAACCUGGUCUUCUCGCCGCUCUCCAUCUACGCCGUGCUCGCGCUCCUGGCCGCCGGCGCCGGCGGGGACACCCUGGAAGAGAUCCUCCGUGUCCUGGGCGCGCGAUCCCGCAGCGAGCUAGAGGCCUCCGUGGCGCGUCUCCGGGACGGGCCCCUCAGGGACAGAUCGGAGUCCGGCGAGCCGAGCGUGGCGUUCGCGUGCGGCGUGUGGAGCGACCUGACGUGUCCGCUGAAGCAGGCCUACGUCGACGCCGUCGUCAGCAGUUACAAGGCCGAUGCCGCCGCCGUCGAUUUCCUAAGAGCUCCGGAGCAAGCGACGGCGCAGAUCGACGCGUGGGCCGCGGCGGCCACGAGGAACCUCAUCCGGUCCGCCGUGCCCCCCGGAACCGUAGACGAGGACACGAGGGUCGUGCUGGCCAACGCCGUCUACUUCAGGGGCAAGUGGCAAGUGCCGUUCUACGAGAGCUCGACCAAGAACAGGCCCUUCUACCGGCUGGACGGCACCGCCGUCGACGUCCCCUUCAUGUCGAACUACGGCCGUCACUUGAUCGCCGAGCACGACGGGUUCAAGGUGCUCAAGCUACGCUACAAGAGCAGCUCACCGCCCUACACCAGCAUGUGCAUCUUCCUCCCGGACGCGUGCGACGGCCUGGGGAGCCUGCUGGAGAGGAUGACGUCGUCGCCAGGCUUCCUGCGAGAGCACCUGCCGACGAGCAUGGCCGUCGUCGUUGAGUUCGGGGUGCCCAAGUUCGAGCUCACCUUCGAGGGCAGCGUCACCGACGUGCUCAAGGAUCUGGGGCUCGCUCUUCCUUUCGGCGAAGGCGCCGACCUCUCGGAGAUGAUGGAGGACAUGCACGUCCAGGAAGGAACCAGAGCCGCCGCAGUCACGAUGGCGUUCCCCGCUCCUGCGACGUACUCUGCGCUCCGACCGCCGGUGGUGGACUUCGUGGCCGACCACCCGUUCGCCUACUGCAUAGUCGAGGAGGGGUCGCACGCGGUCCUCUUUGCGGGGCAUGUUGUCGACCCCGGCAAUGGCGCCGGAGCGGUGAUGCCGUCCCCUCCUCCUCCUUUCGCGGAGCGCAACACAGCAAUGAAGCGGAUACUAGAGUCUGAUAAGCCUCCCGUCGGUGCCAUCCCCGCUGCUGCCACCAAGCCCAGCCGCCCGGCCUUCUCUCUCAUGUAG